AUGAUUAUUAGAAACUAUUUAGUCAAAGCACAACAUAGUGACUUCCAAAAUGCUGAAUUUCUAUCUUUAAGACCAAAUUCAUUUGCUGAAGCUGUGUCACAACAAAACAUACUACCAGAAGCCCAGCAACUCAUGGCUUCAUUGGAUUCAAGCCAGUAUUAUGCAUACAGUUCAAUGUCUCUUUCACCCCCCAUUAAAAGACAAAGGAGAAAGAUACCAGACAAUGAAAGGAAACUCAGUCUUAAAGUUCCAUCUCUAAAAGCAAAGAAAACGGCUUGUUCACAGGUACUUCCAAUCAUAGUAUGUCAUACUUUGGAAAAUAAGAUUGAGUUAAGACGUAAGAAGAAGAAAAUAGUACAUCAAAGGAAAAUAAUGUCAGAUAUAGCAUUGUAUCUUAUUUCUAAGCUAAUCUCUAAGCUCAUCACUCCCCAUGUUAAAAAGUAUUUCUUAAAAAAUCUAGUGAUGGUCAUUCCAGAAUUAAUAAAUUAUGAACAUUUUCUGCGGGAGCACCAUACAUCACCAGAUACAAAAAAAAUCAAUUAUGCAAGUUCUACUAAUAGAGUAAGCUUAAGUAUUGCUAAAAACAUAGAACACUCACUCCUGGUCAACACUAAUGAACUGGCAACGCCUUCUUCAUUAUUUGAAACAAAUGGAGAGAGGAUUAGUGAGGGCUCAGUUCGGUACACACUCAACCUGAACAUUCCAAAGCAUGAGGAACUUUCAGAAAUAUUAUCAGAAUCUCUACAGCAAGAUGUUUCAUCUCCCAAAGUAGAAUCACACAGAAGAAUGAAAGUCCAGAAAGACAUACAAACUACAGAGAAUGUAGAUGAGCUAACAGUCAGUACACCAAACACACAAAGGUACUUUCCAAAAGAAAGAAUACAGAAUGCCAAAAAUUCAAGGGAAAUCAUUCUGAGCUGUUCAGGUAUCAAUUUACUUAUUUCCCUAGGAUCCCAAAAGCAUGAGAAAAAUGAAUUGAAAGAUGUAAAUGUUCAAGGGAUUCCAGGAAGCAUAAAUCUGAAAGAAGAGAAACCAUUAAUGAAUAAUAUUACAGAAUAUGGUGGACAAACUGACAGUGAAAAGCCGGGAUAUAACACUACAAGCAAUAAAAAAAAUAGACACCAAUAUGAAAGGACAUCAGAUACCUCUCAUAAUGCUAUGCAGGCUACCAUUUCUGAACCCUUUGGUAUGGAAAUAUGUAGCAAAUUAAAAGCCAAGUCAGGCACACCAAUAAUAAAUUAUAAUCACUCUGCACUACAAGAGAAGCUACUAGAUGAAAAGAAAAUCCAGGAAGUAAAGCAUAUUCACAAGAGCUCCAUAUUUAGAAAGCCACAAGAGUAUGACAGGGAUAAAGAAGAAAAAAGUAGAGAAACAGUUCCACACCUAGCAGAAGACUUGAGAGUCACUAAGUGUCUUAACCAAAAGGUUGAAAGUGUCAAAUCUGAAAUGGGACAGAUACAUUCAGAAAAUAGAACAAUUCAAAGAAAGAAAGAAGUACAGUCACAGACUAUUUUUACACAGACGGUAUGGAAGACUAGCUCCUGUCCUUCAAGAGAUCCACUACAAGUUGAGAAAGUGUGGCAAAGGAUAGACAAACCUACAGACAGAGAAGAGGCUGCAGGUCCUACAAACCUACCUUCAAUGCCAGACAACAUGCCCACUAGUGAAUAUUUAAUUGAAACAAUAGAAUGGGGCAUCCCAUUUAGUGGAAAGUCCACAAAGAGAUUGGAUGGUCACAUUACAGAAGACAAGGAAGACUGGGAAAAAGACUUAUGUGCAGUUGCCACAGAACCUUUCAAAACGACAGAAAAAUCAUCAAGAACAAAAAAUGUACCCCGUGUGAAACAUGAAAUUAUGAAAGAGAAGAAACCUGCAUUUUCCCAGAGACUUUGUAGUAGGGCACAUGACACUCUGAUCCAUAGGGGAAAAGUGGGAAGCAGCUUAGAAAGCAGUAGUAAACAAGUGCUGUAUAAUACAACAGUGGCACCCAGGCCUCUGAAUGUUCACCCUCAGAGGCCUAUCAUUCCCAACAAUAAAAUAAACAUCAGAAUAACACACCCAAAACACCAAGUUGAAAAGAAAGAAAAUAAUUUAGAUUCCCUUAUUAAAGAAAAUGAAGCUGAAGAUACUCUAGAAGUUCAGUCAUGCCAUGGUGUGAAAGUGGUGGAACAGGCGCUGCUGGAGAGAGGGGCUCACAAUAACAGGAGCUUCAGAUGCGAUGAUGCACAGCCAGGGAAGGAGAUUAAAAUGGAGGAAGGAAUAUUUCAAGCAGAAUCUUUCACAGAGCAGCCAGUUGACUCAAUGAAAAUGGAUUCACUGUAUGUUGCAAAUAUAAAGACCAGCACAUCUACACAAGCAGAGCUCCUAAGUUCUGCAGAAUUAGAGUUGGGUCCUCCAACAUCAGGAAAAUUGCUGCUGGGAGACUCUCUGAGCCAAGCCAGAGAAAGCAAUGUUCCAAAUAAUGGAAAUGAUGCAAAGGAAAUUAGUUGUGCUUUUACCCACAAAGCUUUGUUGUGGAUUUUAAGUUACUGCAUGCCUCUUUUGACUUAUUCUAAAAGGAAAAAAGACCAAACAAAAUUCACAAACGUAAGUAUAGUGAGGCCGAAGGGUAAGCAUAAGGCGAAGUCACCAGCUUCAAAAAUGUUCAGUAUCAGAGGCAAUGAAAAGAAGUCAAGAUUAGACCUCAAGGCCAAAAUUAAAAAGAUAAGCCAAGCUAAAACAUUUUUAUCUGAAUGUCAAAACAGUAUUUGCGCAACCAUGCAAAGCAGAUUACAUGGGCUGUUGCAUCAUGCUCAACUAACGCAAGGAGAACUAGCAAGCAAAACAUGUGUUGCUUGCAUUGCUGAAAGUAGUGCAUUCUACAAUAGAGAGGAAAAAGCUCAAAAAGAGAAACAAACCCCUUUUUUACAGGUACUUCAGCAUGGCCAACACCUGUGGGCUGAUGUAGAUCAAAGGAAGGAAACUCUCCCAGACCUAUCACCCUCCUCUACAAGUCAACAACAACCUGUUAACAGUCAAAGUGAAAAAGUCCAAAAGGAUUCCCUACAAAAUGCUUUAAAGGCUAACCUACAAAUGGAUUCCCCAGAAGCUGAAGGAUUACAGAAAACUACCAAAUCAGAAAAUGGUGUGAACUUCCCUGCGGUUCCUAAAAUUUUAUUUCCCAAAGUAGGGACCUCUUUGCCUGGUGAAUUUGCAAACAAGGAUUUAGAAUGUAACAAAAUCUCUGAAAGUGAACUAGAUUUGUAUCCUGUAGUAAACAAUUCGGAGACAUCAACAAAUAUGCAGGUGACAUUCCUGCAGUCUUCCGACUCUGUUACAAGAUGCUUUGUUUCUAGACAUAAAGGAGAGAGAAGAACACCAAGAUUAAACAAGCAGACACCAGUGAGUCAGAGACGAAGACAUAGAACUAUGAAGGAAGUAAAACCACCUAAGACAGCUAACUUCAGAUACGGCACAAAACUAAAAUGUAACAAAGAAAUCAAAGAUCCACAGCAAAGGGCUAACAUAGCAGCUGCCUGUUUGGACAUUGUUCCUUCCAAGGUACAUAUUCUGCCCAACAAAAAAUUUAGAAGCUCAAAACCAUGGACAGAAAAGCAGAGGAUAAGAAGAAUUGGUCAUUUACAACUAAUUCGACAGAAGUCACCAAAUGGAAGAGAUGCACACCACUCCGGUUUUAGUGAUGCAAGCAGUUUCUCUAGCAUGAAGAACUAUGAAGAGGAGGGGAAAGAGAAACCAGAAGACUUCUUGAUCUCAAAAAGUAGCCCUUGCCUUAUAUUUGGUAUGAAUCAAGAGAAAGACCACAAUCUUGUUAGAUCAAGCAAACAACGGAACCAACUAGGGAGAACGACAUCUCAGGUACAACCACAAACACUCACAGAAGCUAUUCUGUGUUCUGCAACAUGUCCCAUCCCAGAUGAAUUUCAAUUAGAAAAGCUAGCAGCCUAUUUCAGCAUUUCCCCUUUAAAGUUUGGGGAAGCCAAGGACAGUGCAUUAUCUGAAAGAGAAUGU